AUAAUUUAUAGCCCAAUUAUCAUAACCAAAGGCCCAAUAACCCGUUUGAAUAACCGCCUAAGCACACCGCCUACGAGUUUUGUAUAUAAAUACUAGUUCUGGCUGAUUAUAAGAUAAAAAUAGAAGCGACCCAACCGAAGAAAUAGUAUUAGCCUCACUAAAGUUCUUCGCGAUCGAUUUGAAAACCCUAGCCAUGUCGAGCAACAACGAUGCAACGUCAUCAUCUCUUCAAAACUAUGGCGAAAUAUUCACCAGUCAAAAUAAAUGGUUUGUUGACGAUACCAAUGUCUACCGUGUCACAGUUCACGAUUUGUUUGAGGGAAAUUUACCAGCUACACCGACCAAUGGUGCAGUUUUUAUUUUAAAUCCAAGAACUGGACAUCUGUUCCUCAAGGUUAUCCACGCAAGUGUUUGGGCCGGUCAGAAGCUCCUCGGCCAGGUGGCGAAACGGAUAACUGCUGAAGAGGUUGCUGCGCUUGUGAGGACUCUCCCUGUUGAAGAGGUGCCGAAACAAAUCAUUGUUACUCGUAACAGAAUGUUGGAUCUACUUGAGGUUCACUUGCUGGAUUUUCCCAACAUUGUUAUCAAAGGAAGCGAGUUUCACCUUCCGUUCCACGCUUGUCUUAAGAUUGAGAAACUUGGUGAUGUGGUUUCGAAGGCGACGGAAUCGCAGAUGGUUUUGUUUAAUGUCUAUGAUGAUUGGUUGGAGAGUGUUUCUCCGUAUACCGCCUUUUCGAGACUCGUUCUGAUCCUACGUGCGCUUCAUGUGGAUAAUGACAAGGCUAAGAUGUUGUUGAAGCCAGACGAGUCUGUUGUCACUGAGCCGCAUCACAUCUGGCCCUCGCUAACUGAUUUCCAGUGGAUGACGGUGGAGGUAGUACUAAGAGAUCUCAUCCUUUCUGAGUACGCAAAGAAGAACAACGUGAACGCAUGGGAUCUGACACAGUCGGAGAUCAGAGAUAUUAUUCUAGGAUAUGAUACAACCGGAAUUUACUAAUCUCAGCACCAACAAUUUUCAGUGGGGUUGUACUCACCGUCAACUCAAGGCAAGAGUUUCAGCAUAUGGGAGAGUUGGUGCCACUGUUGCUGUCUACACGUCAUCGAUUCUCGAAUACUUAACUGCAGUUGUUCUUGAGUUGGCUGGAGACGACAGCAAAUAUCUGAAAGUGAAGAGAAUCACUCUCAUCAAAUGAACUAUUGCUGGUGGAGGUGUUAUCCCUCACAUCAAGAUCACCAACGACUGAGUUGCAUAGCUACUGGUAUGUGGGUUUAGCAGUCGCCUUUAGCUUACUGACUUUUAUUGUGCUCUUGUCUGGACAUACUCAAGUGUUAUAUGGGUUAAUUUCAACCUCCUAGGUUUCUUGUUUUAAUAUGACAUGAAAAUGUAUACAGAUUUAUUGUUGUUCCUCUAAAAAUACACAAACAAAACAAAAUUUGAGAGCUGCCUUUUUGCUAGUGGUAUAUACACUUUUAACAUCGUUUAGAGUUUUCCUUGUUGUAAUCUAUCUUGUUUCAGUUAAUAGGAGUCUCAAACUAUG